AUGUCAACACCACCAACCAUUUCAAACAGAAGAAAAGGGCCACAAACCAGAACAACCAAUGCCAUCUCCGUUGCAGGAAUUAACCUCGAAGACGUUCCCGAAUUCUUAGAAGGAUGUGUUUUUCUUGUAGACACGAUUAAUUUCGAUGAAAAUGAAGCUGAGCUGUACAGAGAAAUGAUAAAGAAAUUAGGAGGAGAAGUGACCACUGUCUAUAAAAGCACUAUCACACACUUGCUUACGAGUUUACAAAAAGGAGAAAAUUAUUUCAAGGCAUUAGAGGAUAAGAAAACAAUUGUAUCUAGCUUUUGGCUUGACGAUUGUAUUUUAGUUCACGGAGUGCAACCUCUUGUUAUUACAGAAAAACAUGGAAGAAAAAUUCAAAAUCCUCUUCACUAUCCCGUAAAGGAUUAUCCAAUUACUGAAAUGCAAUCAUUUAACUUUGCCCUUUCUGGAUUUUCGAAAAAAGAAAAACUCAGAUUUCAAUAUUUAAUUACAGCAAUGGGAGCCAAGUUUUCGAGUAACAUGACUCAAGAAAAUACUCAUCUGUUGUACAAGGUGCCAAAUGGGCCCAAGUAUGAAACCUCUAUCAAGUGGGGCAUUAAACGAGUAGACAAAAAUUGGCUUUUUGAAUGCGCUCGUGAUUGGAAAUUAGUUCCAAUUCCUUCAACCACAGAUGACAAUCAAAAUCAAAAUCAAAAAAGAAAUUUAGAAUCUCAAGAUGCCUCAACAAAGAAACGAAAAACCGAAGAAGAAUAUGAACAUCCAUCCAUCGAGUCGUUGAUGACCUCUCAAUACAGAAAAUAUUUAUUUUUAACGCUUGAUUCGAUAGAACAGCUAAAAACAUAUUGUGAAAAGGUUUUAGUUGAAAAGAAUAAUUCAAAAGUGUUACUUGUCAAACAGUCCUCAGAAAGCAAUGAGCCAGUGAUUGAUAUGGAUUCGUUUUUAAAUGGACGUCUGGAUAUUCAAGAAUUUAUUGAAAAAAACAAACAUAAUUUAACCGUCAUUGAUAGUGAAAGAAGCAUGGCUGACCUUCUGUCAACCUCACAAUCUGCCGAGUCAGGUACUGAAAGCAAGUUUUUGAUACUAGGCCCAAUAGAAAUACCGACCAUGGAGGCGUUAAAUGUACAGUCCUAUCAACCAAAGAAAACGGGAUUGUUAUAUGAUCCAAGAAUGUGUUUACAUGAGGGUCCAAUUCCUGAGACGCCAGUCCGUAUAAGUCAUAUUUGGAAUAUGAUACAAGAAAAUCAUUUAUUGGAUGAAUGUGAAAUUAUGAAGUCUCGUGAAGUCACUACUCAAGAACUCAGCUUGGUACAUAGCGAGAAAUAUAUCAACGACUUUUUCGAAUUUAAAGGCCAAUUUACUCCAACAGAAAGUUUCAACAUGCUUCUUCAAGGCAUUGUUUCAGAUAAUGAGUACAAGAAUGAAGAUAUUCAUGUCAAUCAAUUUAGUCUAAAGGCUGCAAGACUGGCUGCAGGAGGAGUGAUCAAAUUGACGGAGAAGGUUUUAAACGGAGAACUGGAUAAUGGCAUGGCUAUCAUUAGACCGCCAGGACAUCACGCUCAAACCGAGGAUCCCAUGGGCUUUUGUUUCUUUAACAAUGUUGCUGUUGCGGCACGUGCUGCCCAAAAGUUUAAAAAUGUCAAUAAGGUGGCCAUUAUUGAUUUUGAUAUCCAUCAUGGAAACGGUACUCAAGAAAUUUUUGAAGAUGAUCCUUCUGUACUUUAUGUUUCAAUUCAUAGAUUUGAACAAAAUUACUUCCCUGGAACAGGAUCCCUAGAAGAGGUUGGUAUUGGAAAAGGAGAAGGGUUCACACUCAAUGUUCCUUUACCACCCAAAGAUUUCAAAAUGUCACCAACAGCCACAUUUGGUGAUGCUGAUUAUAUUGCAAUUUUUAGACAAAUUAUUAUUCCAGUGUGUAAUGAGUUUGCUCCAGAUUUAGUGAUUGUUUCAGCAGGUUUUGAUGCUGCAAAAGGAGACAUUUUAGGAAAGAGAAUGUCACUCACAUCUACUGGUUAUGAACAUAUCAUUGCCAUGUUAAAACAAUUGGCAGGAGGCAAACUUGUUUUAGCUUUGGAAGGAGGAUACAAAACAGAUGUUACAGCUAGCUGUGCUACCGCUUCACUUAAAAGUUUGCUUAAUCAUCCUCUUACUCCUCUCACAUCAAAACCUCCUUCUAAAGCCACUAAUAUUGCCAUCAAACAGGUAAUUGCACAACACGCUCCUUAUUGGAAGUGCUUGAAAGCAUUCACUGAAGUAUUUUUAGAAGAAGGCAUUGGACAACAGGUUCCACUAAAAUCUAUCCGAUCUCACCCCAAAUACGUCACAGUGGUUCCCAAUACAUCUUCAAAGCCAAUUAAACAACCUGAAGAGGAUGUUGAAAUGAUUGACCAGACUCCAUUACUUGAAGAGCCAUCUACUUCCCCUCGUGUUGUACCAAAGGAAAAUAUUAUCACUGUAGACAUUCAUGGAAAAGGAGAUUUUUGUACCAUUUCUGAAGCAUUAGCGUUUGUCGAGAAAAUUGGAGAAAAUCUUAAUGUUGAAGAAUUAAGUAGUUCUGAAACAUUUAAACAAAAGGUGAUCAUUUUCUUGAAGUUAGGUCUCUAUCAAGAGCAGCAAGAAGUUGUCAUAAACUCCAAAUUUAGCCACAAAAUUAUUCACAUUAUCGGAGAGGAUCAAAUUGAUGGAAGUGGUUGUCCCAUUAUUUUCUCAAAAACACCAUUUACUAUUAGCAAUUCAAAUGUAGUAAUUGAAAAUUUAUAUUUCAAAAAGAAUGACGAGUAUGAUACUGGUUUAAAGAUUGACACUCAUUGCGAGUGUGAGAUUAGAAAUUGCAGAUUUAGAAAAGUGAACAUUGUUUCUAACUCUUCUGAAACAAAUCUCAAGAUCACCAACUGUGAGUUUAAAGAUGUCAAUGGUGUUGCCUGCGAUAUUCAUGGAAGCGUUGUAACUAUGGACAAGUGCAAGUUCUUGUUCAACGCCACAGCUGUUCAAUGCGACAAGACAACUAUCAAACUUUCAAAUUCCUUAGUAUCCAGUCAAACUGGAAAGGCCAUCAUUCUUAACCAGUCAUCAGGCUCAAUCCACAAUAAUGAAAUUAUAAGAAACAAGGGUCUAGGAAUUCAAUUGACAAACGACUGUAGAGAUGUGAAAAUAUUCGAAAACUCAAUUUUCGGUCAAGCAAGUGCUGGAAUUGUCGCACAUGAAAAAUGUAAAGUGACAAUCAAAAACAACAAGAUAUUUGAAAACCAAUUUGCAUGUAUUGAAAUUUCUGUAAACUGCACAGCGGAUGUUAUUGAGAAUGAAAUUUAUAGAGGAAAGCUUUGUGGAAUUCUAUUUGUGGAUGGCUGCUCUGGAGUGAUCGAAGGCAACAAGAUUUAUGAAAACAGUUUUGCGGGAAUUGAAAUUAGAAACUCGUUUCCAAUCAUUAGAAAUAACAUCAUUUCCAAUAAUUUACAAAGUGGUAUUCAUCUGAAAGGCCAAUUAACAGAUACAAGAGUACUCAUCACUGGCAAUGAAAUUUUUGAAAAUAAUUUCUCUGGCAUUGAAGUUAAAAGCCAUGCACACCCACAAAUCAUUGGAAAUACCAUUAGAAAUGGUAAAAAGCAAGGAGUCGUGCUCAUUGAACAAGCAAAAGCUCAUAUUGAACGAAAUGAAAUUUCUGGUAAUGCUUCAGAUGGAAUCAGUAUGGUUGGACACUCUGAAAUAGUUGUGAAAGAAAAUCAAAUCAAAAUGAACAAAACCUCAGGAAUUAGAGCUAAAGAGUCAUCAGCAGUAAUUACUGACAACCUUAUUACAGCCAAUGGAGAGAGUGCAAUUGUUAUCAAAGGAUGUGAAACGAUUGAAAUUGCUAGGAACACAAUUUCUGAACAUCACUCCCAUGCAUCCAUUGCAAUUUCAGAAUGCAAUUCUUUCAAUCUGACUCAAGACAAUGUUUUUGUCAAUAACUUGUCCAAUCUAGAUCCUACUCAAGGUUUUGUUGUAUGGAAAAAGUAA